AUGACAUCUGCUUUGACGAAGCCCAGCGUCUCAGGCGAGAAGUUCGAAGUUCUCAACGACACUGCUGGAACGCACAUCGAUGCCGUCGCUGAAAAAAGGCUGUUGCGAAAAUGCGAUCUCUACGUACUGCCGCCGUUAUUCGUGCUCUUCUUGUUAGCCUUCCUGGACAGGACUAAUAUUGGAAAUGCCAGGAUCCAAGGUCUCGAAGCCGACCUUGACAUGCAUAGCAAUGACUACAACAUAGCGCUCUUUAUUUUCUUCAUCCCGUACAUCCUCUUCGAAGUCCCGUCGAAUCUAGUCUUGAAGAAACUGGCUCCUUCCACGUGGCUAUCUCUAAUCAUGGUCUUAUGGGGUAUUGCAACGAUCGGCAUGGGUUUGGUCCGUAAUUUCGAAGGUUUGAUUGCCAUGCGUGUCUUAUUGGGCUUCUUCGAAGCUGGACUGUUUCCUGGUUGUGUCUACCUCAUUUCCAUGUACUACAAGCGCUAUGAGCUACAAUGGCGCCUGACGCUCUUUUUCACAGCUUCAAUCAUUGCUGGAGCCUUCGGCGGCUUGCUCUCGUUUGCGAUUGCAAAGAUGGAUGGCAUCGCCGGCUACGGUGGCUGGAGGUGGAUCUUCAUCAUCGAAGGGAUUGUCACGGUUGUUGCAGGCUUCGUCACCAAGUUCUGGUGCACAGAUUGGCCAGAAACAGCACGCUUCCUCACCGAAGACGAGCGCGCACUGCUCAUCGCACGCCUCAGCGCAGACACCGGGGACGCAGUCAUGAACCGUCUUGACAGAAGGGCUGCUCGUCGCAUAUUCUCUGACCCCAAGAUCUAUCUGGGAGUUUUGGCAUACUUUGGCGUCGUCAAUACAGGCUACGCCGGCUCUUUCUUCGUACCAACAAUCGUCAAAGAGCUUGGCUACACGUCUUCCGUAGCGCAAGUCCGCUCCAUCCCAAUUUUUGUCGUUGCAACCAUCACCGCCGUUAUCGCAGCAUACCUGUCCGACCGCUUUCGAAACCGCUACUGGCUCACUAUGCUCGGUCUAGUGAUUGCAUCAAUCGGCUACAUAAUGCUGUUGGUUCAAGACAACCUCUCCGCUGGGGUCAAGUACUUUGCACUGUUUUUGAUUGUUCCUGGUGGCUACAUCACGCAGCCUAUAGUACUCGUAUGGAUGUCGAAUUUGGUAUCCGGGCACUACAAACGCUCCAUCAGCUCAGCGAUGCAAGUUGGUUUUGGUAACAUUGGUGGAAUUGUGGCGUCGAAUGUGUUCUUCAAGACGGAGGCACCCAAAUAUCCUACUGGAUAUGGAGUUAGUCUGGGAAUGCUGUGGAUUUGCGGUGCUGCGUGUACAGCGCUGUUCUUCCUGGUCAAAAUUGAGAACAAGAAGAGAGAUAGAGGCGAAAGGGACUGGAGGCUGGAGGAACCAGACGCGGAUAACCUUGGAGACGAUCAUCCACACUUCAGAUUGACGACGUAG